CCGCUGCCUGGUUUACAUGGCCCAGUACAUUCGUCUCCGCACUUCAAAAUGGUCCUACCACGAGCUCAGCCAAUGUACCUUGCCCCGGGUACGUCAUCUUACUAAACGUCGGACCUCCCACACCACAGACCGUAGGCAGUUCACUGUCAAUGGUUCAUAGACUAGGCGGUAGACAAUGGACCGGACCCGAGUCGUGGUCCCGCGCAUUUGCAACUUGCAACGUGGAAAGCGUGGAAAGCCCACACCCCGAGCGGGCAUGGUUCGGGUUGCAGUUCUUAGGUUCCCAUUCCUCGGGAGCUACGUUACGAUCCAGUCUUGUGGGACGAGGCAUUUGCUUCCCUUACUUGCCUAUCUACACAACGAGUACUUUGACCUUUGCAGCCACAAUAAUCACCCCUGUAUGCUGCUUGUUUCCAUCUGUUCCGGUCUACAUGCGUUACUGUUACUGGCGAUCCCUUGACCUUGCGUUACUUACCUGCUUCUGCCUUGUGGCGCCCUAAUUCAAGGUGUAGCCAAUCAACCAUUCUCGGGCAACGCCUCUGUUAUUCAAACCUCCUCCGGACGACCCGGAACAUCGCCGCACAGAGUCUCGCUCUCCUCUUCUUGCCAGCCCUCCUCCUGCUCUUGCCCUCUCACAGCCGUGUUUCUGGAAUCCGGGGCCUGGAACCCGGGACCUGGAGCCUGUGUAUGGAGAAAACUUGAAAAUCCCUUCAGAGUAUACGAACGGCCCUACAGCAUUAACGUGCCAGUUUCAUAGCCCUCCUCGCCCGAAGCAGGCUACUUCCUCUCGCCUCAGUGCCCUCCAAACGCUCGCUCGACGUUCAAUAGCCAAACAUAGCCCGGAACCGAACUCGGUGAACAACCACCGGGCUUUUGCUACAUUGUCCGACUCUUACCUGCUUGACCCGCAGACGAUAUUCUCCAGUACCCGACCGCAAUGGCAUCGGCUCCGUUGUUCAAGGCUUUGCGCUUAGCCUACAACGAUGACGUUUCGGACGGCUACUGGGGUCAUAAGACGUCUACAUUGAACUUUUGCGAAGAGGACUAUGUAGUCUCAUACUACUGUGCUGAAGUUUGUAAUACAUUCACGAACCUUCUGUUCCUCUGGCUCGGUUUCAAAGGUGUACACAACUGUGUCUCUCAAGGACACCCGCGUAUAUUCCUCAUUGCCUACAUGGGUUAUGUUAUUGUCGGCCUUGGAUCUACAGCCUUCCACACAUCAUUGAAAUAUCCAAUGCAGAUGGUUGACGAGCUCUCCAUGAUCUACACGACGUGUCUGAUGGUCUUUGCCACCUUCUCGUUCUCGAAACCACCGCGUUUCGCCGUAGUUCUGGGGGCCGGCCUCGUUUUCCUGGCCGCCUUCAUCACGUUUUACUACCACAUGACUAAAGACCCCGGUUUCCAUCAAGCCUGUUAUGCGGCGUUAACGGCAACGGUCGUUCUCCGCAGCCUGUAUGUAAUGGAGACCCAGCUGCGCCCGGUUCUUACCAAGAGGAACGGCGUCAAGGCCCAAGCUAUCCUAAAAACCAUGUGGAUCAUGGUUGGCACAGGUCUCGGCAUAUUCCUCCUGGGUUUCUUCAUUUGGAACCUGGACAAUGCUUUCUGCAGCCGCAUUCGACAUUGGAGGCGGCAGCUCGGUCUGCCCUGGGGAGCUCUGCUUGAGGGUCACGCCUGGUGGCACUUGAUGACAGGAAUUGGAGCAUACUACUACAUCACUUGGGGAAUAUGGCUCCGUAGAUGCCUCGAGGGCCGCGAGGACGAGUACAGGCUCGUUUGGCCUAGGUCACUGUCGUCUAUACCCCUUGUCGUUAGAAGAGGAAAGGCCGAAUGAGAGCUGCAGUGGUGGGCAGGAGUGCCAUGAUAAUGAUCGAGAUCACGGCACGACGGUGAGAUUCCAGGACACAGCUGAUGGCUUCAAUGGUGAGGUAGUGUAUCUCUGGAUAAGAUGCUGGUUGGAUACCAUGGCGUGAUGUCCUGUGGUUAGAUGUUAUUCUUGCCGGACGCCGGGGACCUCUAGGUUUUAGAAUUUCGGGUGCCAUAGACAAGUCCUCAAACGACUUUAUCUUAUUGGAAGCUUGAGGCUCUAUAUUAUUGAUUACC